GCCACCACGCACGGUCUCGGCUUCAGCCCCGUCCUAGCGCCAGGACAUGAAGAUGAACGGUGAGCCCAGGCUGUGACUUGCUUAGUCUCUCCACAUACUUCGUCUGCCACGACUUCCGGCUUAGACAUGGAAAUUCUUUGCGAAGACAAUACUUCUCUGAGCUCAAUCCCAAACUCCUUAAUGCAAUUAGAUGGUGAUUCGAGGCUCUACCGUCCUGACUUCAACUCCAGGGACGCUAACAGCUCUGAUGCAUCGAACUGGACAAUUGAUGCUGGGAACAGAACUAACCUCUCCUACGAAGGGUACCUCCCACCGACAUGCCUGUCCAUUCUUCAUCGCCAGGAAAAGAACUGGUCGGCUUUAUUGACAGCUGUCGUGAUUGUUCUAACCAUUGCUGGCAACAUACUGGUCAUCAUGGCUGUGUCCCUAGAGAAAAAGCUUCAGAAUGCUACCAACUAUUUCCUGAUGUCACUGGCCAUAGCUGAUAUGCUGCUGGGUUUCCUUGUCAUGCCGGUGUCCAUGUUAACCAUCCUGUACGGAUACCGAUGGCCUCUGCCUAGCAAGCUCUGUGCAGUGUGGAUUUACCUGGAUGUGCUCUUCUCCACGGCCUCCAUCAUGCACCUCUGUGCCAUCUCACUGGACCGCUAUGUUGCCAUCCAGAAUCCUAUUCACCAUAGCCGCUUCAACUCCAGAACCAAAGCCUUCCUGAAAAUCAUCGCCGUGUGGACCAUAUCCGUAGGUAAGCUGGACCAACUGGUAGGGUCGCGUUUCAAACUCGAGUGGGAGUCCGUCCUUUGCCGGGAGACGUGUUCUGUUUGGUUGCGCUGA